GCACAAAAUUCUAUCAUAAUUUAGUUGUAUUAAUUUUUACUAUAAAAUUCUUCCUCUCUUCUCUUUAAAUUUUGUACAAUUGAAUCUAUAAUUAUUUGUAGGAGAGAGAGAGAGAAAUUGUAUAAAUAGUAUAAGACGCCGUUUGAUAGUGCCUUGGUUAGCUCCGGUCCUGGCCAUACGUUCAUUCACUCGCAUGUGUAUGCGUGAGUGCGCGCGUGUGUUCUUACAUGACACGAUGGUAACUGGUGGAGGACGACUACCUGUUCGGCUGGGCUGCGAUCAUCAGUGACACUCCGCGGUGAGAUGAAGCGAGUCAAGUCGAGCAGACGAAGCCGAGUGGUUUCUGGAGCGCGAAUGGAGCGUCGAAGUGUUCGCGAAACAAUCGCGUGGAAAAAUUUCGCGAGCGCGAAAAAAGGAUAAGAAUUAGUGGACGAAAUUUCUAUCUGCGAUUCUAUUUGACACCCUGUAUAAAAGAGCUCCUUUACACGCGCGUGUGUAUGUGAAGACGCACCUGCCGUCGAUGUGUCGGUUGAGCUUUCAAACGCGAAUCGGUCUCUUGUCUACUUUAACCGCGAGAGUAAUUUUGCUCAGCCUAAUUGUGCAACUCAGUAAUAUCGAUGGGAAAGGAAUUCAUACAUUGACUCGCGAGGGUGCGGUCUGUAUUCAGCUUCGAAUUGCACAAUCGCGAAAGGAUUAAUGCAAAUUAAUUUUAAGGAGAAAGGCGCCGCCCGAGCCAUCUGCUUCCAGGUUGGCGCGUCGACGCAAAGAGUGCGCCAGCUCGCGGAUAGCGACCCGGCGUUAUUCUUACCUACAUGUGGCGCGAGAUAUUUAAUAAUACUUACGCUAUUUAUUAUACGCUACUUAUCGCGACACUUGUCGUAAUUUACCCCACGAAAGAUAACGUCUGUUCGAUUCGAUAAAUCGAUCUCACGAAAGCUCGAGUGUGACUACCGCUGCGCAUGCAUGCACAUCGAUCCUCAUUAAUCGCCAACACGUGUUGCUAGUUUAGCGCGAUUUGUUCUUUUCGAGCAUUCCUUGCUUGAGGUUCCAGUCGUCUUAAUUUACCGAUAGCAUAUCAAGUUGGAGAACCGGAAUGACGUCGGCCAUGAAUAUCAGCGGAACAACACACAGUCAACGAACCACGCGAAGUUAAUUUAUUAUCGACGACCAAUAAAAUAAUGUCCGAGGAGAUGAUCGGUGAUUAAGAUCUAAUUUGUAUGGAUGACCGUCGCUCGUGAAUAAUUUAACCGAAUGGAGCGAAACCGUCGCCAAGACCGUCGUCCUGGGAAGGAAUCCGCUAGUGUGAAACAUGUAAUUUGUAAUUGUCCUGAGCUGCGCGCGAAUAACGCGGAAAAAUGUCGCAGGAUAGAUGCCGCUUAUACGAUAAACAAAUUGCGAGAACUAGUGUCGGAUCCCGUCAGCAGCGAUCAUGUUCUGCGAAUAUCACAACUCCUGUGCGAUUAUCUCUACGAGAUCGGCGACGAGGGUUACCCGUUGAAACACCUGCCGGCCGUGAUGAGCGUGUUGGAGUUCCUCGCGUGGAAGACCAGAGAAGUCGAGGGGUAUCGAGCGCAUCUGGGUCGAAUGCUGCAGUUGUGCAGUCGACCACCUUUGUUGGAGCGAGCUUCCGACAGUCUGACCAGCUCUGUCAUAAUGGAGCAUUAUUUCACGUUGCUGGGGUAUCUGCUGACGAUCUUGCCGAAGGAAGAGGAGAUCCAGCAGGUCCGCGACGCCCUUGACUAUUUAUUAAUUGGGCAAACGAGACCGGCGAACGUCGCGGCGGUGAAACUGGACUUUCGUCGACGAGCCAUGGAAAACUCCAGGUUGCCAGUCACCGUCGCUGAAUUACUGGAGGCGGCCUUACCGAAGAUGUAUCCGAAGAUCUUGGAGCUGGCCUUCAUGCUCGCCUCAAUCUCGUAUCAGUGUUGUUACAGGAUGCUGAAGGCCGGCGUGCUGAAUACACUGCUCAUUAGAAUGGACUUGCCUUACGCAACGCAGCUGCGCUGCACCAGACCGCCGGACAUUGAGCUGGAAGGUGAAGAAUAUCCGUGGGACACCAUGCUCCUGAUAACAAGCCUCUUGUGGAGUCUCGUGGGAUCCAUAUUACUCCCGGGGAAACGACCAGAGAAUCUCCCUUUGCUUCAGCAGUGCGCCAUGUGGUAUUACUUGUUCAUAACAUUCCGUUUAGCCUUUCCUUUGGUGCACACGCGACAUAUCGUCUGUUUUUCAUCGACGGUUAUCGGCACAAAACGUCGGCUUUCCGACAUAGCGCAGGGGCUUGAGGUACUCCUUCCAGAGGCAGAUACUUCGCGGACAAUAUCGAGCGGUUAACAGGAGGAUCAGGAAUGACA